ACCGGCCUAAAUAUCCGGCACCAAGAUGGCCGCGACAAUAGACGAUUCCUCUCACCCUUCAGAGCAAAUUCCCCGCGUCCGAAAGGUACGUACGCUCUGUCCAGAUACUUUCUACGUCGUCCAUAGUUCCUCGCUUUAACCUCUCCGUGCUUUUUCGUUACACGUACAUACAACUGCUCGGACGUAAAGAAUCGACGCGAACGUCCCUUCGUCAUUAGGACGAAGAUCGUCGUCGUUCAGCUAUCGUACGACGUCGUCCAAACAUUAUUUCGCUGCGCAGUAAGUUAUUUUUUGCUUGUGCCAAGGAAAGGUCCCCUGAAGUAAUCCAAACGCAAGGCAUGUUUCGGAUACCAAAGCCUACGAUGCCCAUGUCCACCGCAACAACAGUUACAAAACGCCUCAAGCAAGCCCAGAGUUGCCUCUAUGCGUCCUACGAAUGUACGCAAUCCUGUCUAGACGGAUACUCGUACUGCAUUAAGCACAUCCUGGAGGAUCCUAGCGCGCCUUACAAACAGUGUGCUUUUGUAUACAAUACCAAUGGGAGAAAAUGUCAGAAUGCAGCCCCAAAAUUGGACAGAAGAGACGUCUCAUACUGCGGUGAACAUUCUAGGAAAGCGCAAACCGCUCGGAUCAAGUCGACGUCGCGGCGUUCUCUGCCGGAAACGCCAGAGAUGCUGUUACUUCAUCUAAGUCACUACGUCAAGCCCGAUUCUAGCGCUGAAGAUGCGGAGGAAGACAGAGGAAAAGUGAAAGCUUUAGAUCCUUUCACCGAAGUUGAUGCUUACAGAGUGAAUGCGAGUGGAAGUGACAUCUUAGAUUACGCCAGUUCGUCAGAGAGUGACGUUGAACCUACAGUUGUGACUGACACCCUGAGGGGAGUUUAUCUCGACGAUAGCGAUAAUGAGAGUUUACACAGCCCGCAAGAGGAUCCUCUGAAUAUUAACUUUUUAAGGCAUGCCGGCAUCUUCACGGCGGAAGAAGUGAUUUACAUCGCGAGAGAAAAACUCAUCAAGCUUCAGUCUCUUUACAUCGAUCAAUUUAGAAGACUUCAGUAUGUGCUGAAGGAGAAGAGACGAAAAUAUUUGCUCGCGCUGAAGAAGGAAAAGGAAACAUUAUGUAGCAUACAUAGCCAGAAAAGGGAAACUGCAAAAGAGAAGAAGCUUUACGAGAAACUGAAAGCUUUAAAUCGCUAUCACAGGCGGAGUGGUGUCGAAGCGAUACUUUAUAGAAAGUCACUAGAACGUCGCGCACAGGUAACCGAGCCUAUUCAAAAACCACCCAAUGUAUCCAAAUGCGUAUUCACCGAAGGUGGCGUAAAAUGUGGUGAAAGAACGCUUCCGUCGGCCAAGCACUGUCGUAAACAUAUCUUGAAGGAUCAGCAUCAAGUUUUAUUUAAAGCGUGCGGAGCGGUGAGAGCUGACAUCGAAUGCCACGAACCAGUGCCGGUAAUCUUCGACUCUAACUGUGUGUUUCAUAUGAACUUGCCGGCGCCGUGCAAACUAGAGCCUAUGAAGUUCGAAGAAGAGAAACCCGUAAAGCAAGAAACAUCGAUGAUCGAUCAGUCGAUGGAGAUUGACGUGGUGGGUGAGGCGCAAGAAAUUGAUCCCGACGACGAUAUGGCGGGGCUGAUGAGGGAGAUGAACGACUCCGCUAAUUUGAAACCUUCAUUUGCAAAUGAAAGCUUGAACAGUGAGACCAGCACGGACACGGCGUUUAGUUUGUCGGCGCAGAUGAGUGAUCGGGAUGAUUUCGUUACUGUAUGACCAAAUAUUUUUACAUGAUUUUCGAAGUGGAAUAUUUUUGCCGUCAUGUUGUGGCUGCGACAAAGAGUCACGGCGCACUCUUCGGUAUUCCCAUCAGAAUCACAGUUUUUCUUAGCUGCUGUGAAGUGCGAGCGCGCGUAUUUGUGUUAAAUGUACAUGUACAGCAAACUUACCUUUACGUAAUAGAACUAUUUAAACUGAUGUUAAUAUAUUUGUAUAUAAUUGAAGGAAAUAGACCCGAUACGAAGAUUAUUAAGUCACCAAA